CCGCUAAACUCAAAGGCACUGUCUGUCUCUCAACGCCUCAUCGCAUCUUCCGCUUUUUCCUUUGGUUUCCCCUUUUCUCACAGCCCUGUUUCUUUAACAUCUCUCCAUUUCCCCCCUUCCCCCAUGCUUUCUCUCUCUAUAUUCUCUCUCCUCUUUCGCCAUGUGAAAGCCUAAGCCCUAAUUCCCUCCACCCGCCAUGUCUCUUCGCCGAUCCUUUCUCUCUCGGAGGUUCUCUUCCAAGUCUUCCUCUAGAGGAGAUCUCAAUGCUCUUCCUGGAAUUCCUCCCCUCUCCCCCUCCUCCGACUUUGAUCAUUCCUCCCCUCUCUCUGGAGGCUCUCAUCCUCAAUCCUCCUCUUGGUCUUCCAUGCUUCCCGAGCUUCUUCGGGAGAUCAUUCAGCGGGUUGAGGCUGAAGAACAUGGUUGGCCUAAUCGCCAGAACGUUGUUUCUUGUGCUUGUGUUUGUAAACGUUGGCGGGAUAUUACUAAAGAGGUCGCCAGGGCCACACCUCAUUCCGGCAAAAUUACUUUCCCUUCUUGUCUCAAACAGCCUGGACCAAGUGAUCUUCCACAUCAGUGUCUCAUAAAAAGGAAUAAGAAGACUUCAACAUUUUCCCUUUAUCUUGCCCUUACACCAUCAUUUACAGAUAAGGGAAAGUUCCUCUUAGCCGCACGGAGAUAUAGGCAUGGAGCUCAUACUGAGUAUAUCAUAUCCCUUGAUGCUGAAGACUUAUCCCAAGGAAGCAAUGCUUAUGUGGGGAAGUUAAGCUCCGAUUUUCUUGGCACAAAUUUUACCAUUUAUGACAGCCAACCACCACAUAACGGUGCAAAGCCAUCGAGCAGUAAAUCAAGCCGCCGGUUUGCAAGCAAGCAAAUUAGUCCACAAGUGUCAGCAGGUAACUUUGAGGUUGGGCAAGUCUCUUACAAAUUUAAUCUUUUGAAGUCAAGAGGCCCAAGGCGAAUGAUAUGCUCUCUAAAGUGCCCAGUAUCAGAAGACAAUGGAAGUGAGAACUCAAAGAUGAAGAAAUCUGAGUCUCUUUCUUCCUCAUCUGGGUUGACAAUCUUAAGAAACAAGGCACCUCGGUGGCACGAGCACCUGCAAUGCUGGUGCUUGAAUUUUCACGGUCGGGUUACUGUAGCAUCUGUUAAGAACUUUCAACUUGUUGCUACUGUUGACCAUACCCAGCCAGGAGGUAAAGGGGACGAAGAAACAGUUCUACUACAGUUUGGAAAGGUAGGCGACGAUACAUUCACUAUGGAUUAUAGGCAGCCAUUAUCAGCUUUCCAGGCUUUCGCCAUUUGCCUUACUAGCUUUGGCACUAAGCUGGCGUGCGAAUAGUAGUAUAUUUUACCAAAAUUUGUUUAAGAAAAUGGGGCUUCAUUGAUAUAAGUCUUUUUCUUUGUACAUGGUGCUGUUGUUAUUGUGUAACUGUGACCACUUAAAAGAGAAAAAUUGAAGUUCAGAGGAACCAAACAAUACAAUAUUGUGUGGUGCUAGCAAGCACUAUGGCUUCUUUAAAUCUUUAUGUAUAUGUAACAUAUAUAAUUAAAAAGGACGGAGAAUUGUUUAUUCA